AGAGGAGAAGACGAACGAGUCAACACGUACUUCCUGAUCGCUCCCGAGAACCUAACCAAAACACACUACGAAAAUGAAGAGGACGUUUAGUGAAACAGAAAGUGAGGACAUUUUCGACGAAAUGAACAAGAGCUCACCGAGUCAGUCAUGUCCACUGGCGUCACGGAAAAAACGACGCGGGAUAAUCGAGAAGAGACGGCGAGACAGAAUCAACAACAGUCUGUCGGAGCUGCGCCGGCUCGUGCCUGCGGCAUUCGAAAAACAGGGCUCUGCUAAGCUGGAAAAGGCCGAGAUAUUGCAAAUGACGGUCGACCACCUGAAAAUGCUUCAUGCUAAAGGAGCUUGUAUCGAUGGGUCGUUCCAUCCUUAUGGUGACGCGCAUGCCUACGCUAUGGAUUACCGAGCCCUUGGAUUCAGAGAGUGUGCAGCGGAAGUUGCUCGUUACCUAGUAACCGUUGAAGGGUUGGACAUCCAAGACCCCCUGCGUCUCCGUUUGAUGAGCCAUCUCCAGUGUUACUCAGCACAGCAAGAAGCACAACGCAGACAGGCCUGGAAUAACGUUUCAUCCCAUCACAGCCAGUUCACAUCCACCACCGUAAUAAGCCAACACAACAAUCCUACGGACCCACAUCUGUCGAUACCACCUGCAGCUCCUAUACAAGCCACCUCAGAACCUAUGAGACAGCCAAUUAUGACAAGUCAGGGACCAGACACAGCAUCACUACCAACCUCGUGCCACCUUCGAAUGCCGUCUUCAGUCACCAGUACAAGCUGUACGGCGCAGAUAUCACCACAGCUUCUGUCGUCAAUGCCUGCCGUGCACACGCAAUUCCCCAUGUCAGUGAGCACACUACCAGUACUAUCGCCUAACGGAUUCAGCCCAACGUCACAUACUAUUGUGUCAAAACCGUACAGACCGUGGGGAUCGGAACUUGUUUACUGAACACACAUAUAGCGGAACUUGUGCAGUUUCUGUGCCAUUGGACACACUGCACGGCGCCAGGCCGUGACCUAUUUGCAAUAUCUGUUGUACCAAAUACGUCAACAAUCGUCAGUUAUGGUGUCCGUGUUUCAGGACAACCGGGGAAGCAGGCGAAAUCUCACCACCGAUAUUUGUACCAUUGAAAUGACCAUAAUUUAUUACAUCCCUCCACCGCUCAACGUCUUAUGGAGCACAACAAGGACUUAUAUUGAGGAAAAUAUAAGCUGCAAAUUUGAAGUCGGCCAACCUCCACGAACACGUGAUAACUAAAGUUCUCUGACGUCACAAUUUAACAUCGUCAACGUUCAUGGAACCUGGCCAAUUAAUGCUAAAAUCGCAUUAUAAAUUUAGCUCCACUGACAGAACUUGCCAAGACACAAACUUUUAUUUUUUUAUGAAUAUAUGAUGUUUUGUACGAAACUUAUCGCCUUGAGUACCAAGCAUAUGAAAGACAAUCUUUAUAUUUUGAUAAUUGUUUUUCUUUAUUAAAUAAUGCGUGAUUUGUUUUUUUUCUACGAACAGGCUUCAAGGUGCCUUAUCUGAAAUCCUUUUCUUGUACAUAGUUAACAAGAAUUUAUGUUUGAAAUUUGUUUUAUAGUUAUUUAUUCUUUUGUUCUAGUUCAUUUGUUUGCUGCCAAACAGCUAAAGCUUGAAGCUGUAUUAUUCGUAGUUGCCAACGCUACACGGACUAAGCGUGAUUUAUGUUAGAUUGGUUGGCAGUCUCAUUUUUGGAGGAUACUUCUAUGUGAUGUAGUUCCCUAACUGUCACGCAUAUAAUGUGGAUCAGUUGCGGCACUGGUCCAACCAACUGAUUUCAUCUACAACUACCACGUUUUUUGUAAAACCAAAGAAAGAUGCAAUAAAUGGUAUGGUAUAACAGCGUAUCCUCCAACACAAUUAAGACAUUGUACAUUUUAUUCAUUUGAGAGAAAUUAGAAAACUGACUUAUUAUAGAAAAAAGUAAUUUCGGCAGAGGUUGAAACAGAGGACCAGUUUUAAAAAGGGCGUCUCUUUUUUGAGCACGUGCUCCGAUGAGCCCCGUCUAUGCAAGAUUGUUAUAUGUAAAUUACUGUACAGGUUUGUGAAACCUUUCAUUAAAAAAAUGAAAUAUUUAAAA